AGUCAACUGAAAGCCAUGUCUGGGCCUGCUUCUCUCCUUGAUGCUGCCCUGGAUCCUGUGGCCAGUCACGAUAAACACUGGAAGGAUCUGAAGAUAGACAGUACGUCUUCCUGUAACCUCAGUGAGAACGGUUACUCUGAGUACAGAUGGAGUGCAGAUAUGUCUACUAGAUCCACUCAGGGUGUAGAGGUGACAGAUGCUGAUGGUGAAAAUACUGUUAAGUGUGAUCAUUUAUUUUUAGAACACAAUGUAAAGCAGAAAGGAGCUGCAGCACCUGAGCAGCAGGAAGAACGCCCCACAAUGAUGACCCAUCUUGCUGAGAUGCCUUCUGCCUUUUCCCCACUCCUGGACAUGUCCUACGACAACCAUCUGUCUGAAUGGGUGAACUCUUCAGAGGACAUUUCACUGGACGUGCUUCGCAUAGUAAAACACAAACCGAGCGCAAUUGUUUUCUGCGAUUAUGAAGGUAGCUCUGACCCAAAUGUGACUGUUGUGAAUGAGAGCUCUGAUGGGAAGGAGUCCUCCUCCUCCUCCACUUCUAAAGGAGAAGAGCGUGAAGAUGAUGAUGCUGAUGUUGAUGAAUUUCCUAAGACUUUACAAUAUAAGGAAUUUCUGGUCAGUCGCCAUCGAAGGAGCUUGAAUAGAAAUAGGAAAUGUCUGAGGAAGAGACCAGAGGUCCCGUCUCAAGGCCCAGCAGCUGACUGGCAAAAGACCUCCAACAACAAGAGAAAACCAGAGUCUGCAGGUAGCAAAGAGGAAGAGGAUGCACGGCAGGCAUGUGACUCCAUGAUCUUGCUGAUGAAAAAAUUGAAUCACCUCAAUGAGGGACUGCAAAACGUCCAAAACCCUGAUUUCUGCCACACAUAUGCCAUUACAGUCAGGGGAGAGCAGCAGAGCACUGCGAGUGUUACGUCUGUGGUCGGGAUGACCGUCCGAGCAGGUCAGGAUCAAGGAGCCCACAAACUUCUAGACAAACCUGAGUCGCUGACCAGACGUCGCUCAAGACCUUUGACCCGCAGCAGACCUCUGACUCGCUCGUCCCUAACGUCCCCUACGCAUCUCCAUGCUCGUCAUGCCCAGGUUGCUGCAAAGAUGACAAGCGGAUCAGCAGAGAUUGAGGCAAAGGAAGCUUGUGAUUGGCUUCGAGCAGCGGGGUUUCCGCAAUACGCCCAGCUCUAUGAAGAUUCCCAGUUUCCAAUCAAUAUUUCCGCAGUUAAAAGGGAUCAUGACUUUUUGGACCGGGAUCUAGUCGAACCUCUGUGUCGGCGCCUAAAUACUCUGAACAAGUGUGCAUCUAUGAAACUUGAUGUUAGCCACCCCAAAAAGAAGAGUGAUGAUUCUGAUGAAGAUGAUCCAUUGGCUAUCAGUAAAAGGUGGACAUUUGAGUGGAGCAGCCGACGCUGGUCUCGCCUUCAGGACUUUCUUUUGGACAGCACAAAUGAGAACAGCCCAACAGGUCAAGGAGAGGGUCUUCGCUGUACAGUGAGCAGUGAGAGCGUACUGACGGACCUGAGUGAGCAGGAGAUCACUGAGAUCUCCUCACUCCACAGUGAAGACUCUGCCUCUGCCAUGCCUGACUCUAUAUCUAUGGCGUCCCUGUCUGCUUCCUAUCAACCGCCGAGGGAACUUCCACACUACAACUCCCUGCCGAUCAAAAGCAGCCACCAUGGACAAGGAGGGAGGAGUAAAGCUAAAGAGUUUCUGCGUAAAAUGGAGUUGAUGCGCACCUGGGGCCCAUCGACGAGGAGGAAAAGCUCCAACCGGAGGCCGCCGCUGGUCAUCAGUGAGCCCGUGUUACAGGGGGAGGAGCCUCAGGCGCUUCAGAUGCUUCAGUGUACUCCCAUCAGCCAAUUAGAACACAGCCCAAAACAUAACCACCAAACUGAUGUAGACGAUCCCCCUGUUUCUGUUAGUAAAACAUUUAAAGAUGAGAUCACACUGAAUGUGAGUCCCAGCAAUGACACUGUUGCCCUUAGUGCUCAGGAGCCUGCAUGUACAAAACCGCGCACCGCCAACAAGAGAAGCAGCGUGUACCUAGAGGAUAUGGAGUUGCCUUCUCAGGGUAAGAGGACUGAAGGUCAGAGCCAGUUUGGCCGAAACCAAUUUCACUCAUAUGAAAACCUCGUCAUUCACAUCCCCAAAGACCACAAGCCAGGAACUUUUCCCAAAGCCCUGUCCAUUGAAAGUUUGGCACCUUCCCACAGUGACAGGAACAAUAACCCCCAGGCACACCAAACUUCUCCAAUUGAAAAUGGCCUGGGUGAACCCUUAACUAAACCUGCCUGCUCUGGAGCUCCAAGGGGCAGCAGGGUAAGUGUUUAUGACAAUGUGCCAGGCUCCCACCUUUAUGCCAGCACGGGGGACCUUCUAGACUUUGAGAAGGAGGACAACCUGUUUCCACACCUAGACGACAUAAUCCAGCACGUCAGUGGCCUGCAGCAGAUAGUGGACCACUGGAGCCGUAGUGUGCUGCCUGAGGGGGAUGCAGGCGAGGGGGAGGAAGAAGGGGAGGGCAGGACCACCCCCAGCGAAGGCGAGAGAGAUGGGGUCUCUUUAAAUGACACCGAUUCAACGGGGACCAGUCGGGAAAGACGGGACUCUGGAGUUGGGGCCUCUCUCACAAGACCUCGUCUGCGAUGGCCCAGUUUCAGAACGUCUGAUCAUCUCAACCAGCCAGCGUCUUCACUGCAGAUCAGUAGCCAGUCAGCAGGCCAGCUGAGUCUGCUGCAGAAGUUUUCUCUGCUCCGCCUCACCGCCAUCAUGGAGAAAUACUCCAUGUCUAACAAACACGGCUGGACAUGGUCCGUACCUAAGUUUAUGAAGCGUACGAAGGUGCCAGACUACAAAGAGAAGAGUGUGUUUGGUGUUCCUCUGAUUGUUCAUGUCCAGCGCUGUGGGUUCCCACUUCCUCUAUGUUUACAACAGGCCCUCAGCCACCUCAGGACUUACUGUCUGGACCAGGUCGGAUUGUUCCGUAAGUCUGGUGUAAAGUCCCGGAUUCAGGCUUUGAGGCAGCAGUGCGAAUUGUCCCCUAACUGUGUGAACUACGAGGACCAGUCUGCUUAUGAUGUGGCUGACAUGGUCAAACAGUUCUUCAGGGACCUGCCCGAACCUCUGCUUACAAGCAAACUGGGUGAAACUUUCCUGCAUAUUUACCAGUAUGUUCCUAAAGAACAGCGGUUGCAGGCUGUCAGGGCAGCCAUAUUGCUGAUGCCCGAUGAGAACAGGGAGGUUCUGCAGACGUUGCUCUACUUCCUGCGGGACGUCACCUCCUUGGUAGAGGAGAACCAGAUGACACCGAUGAACUUGGCUGUUUGUCUGGGGCCGUCACUGUUCCACCUCAGCAUACUGAAGAAUGAGAUGUUGUCACCAAGGUCGAUCCAGAGGAAGUACGCUACAGGCCGUCCUGAUCAGAAAGACCUGAGUGAGAACCUCGCUGCCACGCAGGGACUGGCACACAUGAUAACAGAGUGCCAACAUCUCUUUCAGAUUCCGGAGGAAAUGGUGACACAGUCUCGCAACUCCUACAUGGAGGCUGCGCUGAUGGUGCCCCCGCUGGAGGAGCUUUGCAAGGUACCGGAGGAGGAAGACGGGAAUGAGGAAGUGGAGGAAGAGGAUGAGGAAGCAUCCUAUAAUGCACAUAUAGAAGGGCUGAUCCAGAACCUGCUGAAAGAGGCCAAGGAUAAGAGCAAAGGCUGGGUCUCCCGCUUGUCGUCUGACAACACGGAGCUGGCAUUUAAAAAGGUUGGAGAUGGGAACCCCCUGAGGCGGUGGCGGGUUUGUCUGGAGGUGUCGGCAGCUCCCACCGAGGUGCUGCAGCGGGUCCUGAAAGAGCGUUCACUGUGGCAGACAGAGCUCCAGCAGGAGAAGGUUCUGGAGACGCUAGACAAACAGACAGAUGUGUACCAUUACUCCUGCUGCAGUAUGGCACCUCAACCCAGCUGUGACUAUGUGGUACUGAGAUCGUGGCGUACAGACCUUUGUAAAGAAUCCUGCGCCCUGGUGUGUGCGUCCGUUGAACAUGACGACAGCCCACGGACUGGAGCUGUGAGGGGGGUCGUCUUGGAGUCUCAAUACCUCCUCGAGCCCUGUGGGACGGGGAAGACUAGGCUUACACACCUCUCCAGAAUUGAUCUCAGGGGAAGAUCUCCAGAAUGGUACAACAAGGCAUUUGGUCAUUUGUGUGUUAAUGAAGCCCAGAGGAUUCGCUCCUCGUUCCUCCCAGCAGAUCAAAGUCCUGAGGCGACGACCUGAGCUCCAGACAUAAUGCUUUAUCUUGAAAAUUUGUUUAAUCAUUCAGGCGAUCUUUUCUUGGUGCUGAGCUACAGUUCUGGUCAGACAUGCAGUCACAGUAAUCUUGGCCUUUUAAAGAUGCAUGUUAUCCAUUUAAUAUAGUUUUUCAGAAAAUAUUGAUUAUAAAAGAAACACCUUCAAUGAUUUAAAAAAAAAAGACUUUGGAAAUAAACACAAAGUCAAAAUUCUACUAUACUAUACUCCCACUAAUAUUUUGAUACAUUUUCUAUGGCUAGAUGCAGAAAGCCACACACUUUUUGAACCAUCAACAAAGUCCUGACAAAACUAUGGCAAGAAAAAAGACCACUCCUCUGAGCACAAUUGGUAAAAUUGCUUUUAAGCAAAGCCCAUGAGGUCAGGGCUUUCCAGAGGCUUAAAGUUAGCCUACUUUAUCCAUCCUAAAAUCAGUCUGGAUGUGUGUUUACGAUCAUUGUUCAGUUGGAGCACCCAUAUAGGACCAUGUUUGAACUCUCUAGAUGCUGAAUUGAGGGGAACAUUUAGAGUACUUGUUUAUUAUUUCAUUCACUUUGUGCAAUACCAAUUAUCAUUAUGCUGAACAGUUAGUCCAGUGUUCUUAGGUUUAAAGCCUCACCUUAACUCCUCAGAGCAAUCUUCUUUUCACUGUGGCCAAAUAGCUCAAUUGAUCAUCUGAGCAUAAAACAUGUUUUGCAUAUCAGUUCUUUUGAUCAGCAUCCUCUCAGUCCAUGUUGAUGUGGGACAGCUUCCAGUUUAGAACAAGUUUGAACCUCGAUGGUUCCUUGAUUAUUUUUCAACGUUCAAAUCGAUUUGGUUCAGAUGGUUCAAAGUUGGACUUUAGCAGGUUUUCCAAAAGAUAAACAAUGCUAACAUACAUCAAAACUGGUUUUUGACAUUAAGCUUCUGGUUGAAAUUGUACACUAUGUUGAAAAGCCGGGCCCAUGCCAGGAAAUAAAUCGCUUUAAAAAACCUUUGACGGUUUUGUCAAGAAAUGUGGUCAACUCUCCAGCCAGAACUAUGGCAGAUGCUUGGUGAUAACUAUAAAAAGUGUGUGGUUCCUCUGCAACUUUCCCAAUUUAUUCAAAUAUUAGUGGGGGUCUCUGUAUAUGUAUAUUUCAGCCUGUAUAUAUAAUUCUGACCCUGUGUGGAUUACAGAUAAUCUACAAUAAAUUCUGACCAGGACUGUAUAUUAUAUUGAGUUGGAAGUGUAUUUAUUGUCUUUUUCUUCAACAUUAUACUUUAAUUUAUAUUAUAAAUUAUGAGUUUUUUUAUUCAUUUUAAGUCACAGUUUCAAGAUUAUUUCUACUUUUGAAUGUGAAACUAGACAUUUAAUCAUUAGUAAAGUAAUUAACUUUGCAAGUACUUAUAGCCAUGUACAUUAUUCAAAGGAUAAUGUUUUGUAGAUACAAAGUAAAUUCCUUAUUUAUUGCUUUGGUUUGUUCUUCCAAGUCCUCAGCAUUUAUUUUAGUAUCCUCAACAAACAAAACAAUGAGAGAUAAUGAGAUAUCACUCUAAUCCACAUUGUUAGAGAGUACGUAUCGAAGAUUUACAUAUCAUAAGAACUUAUUUUCAAAUCAACCAUUGAUUGAAUCUCUUAUAUUAAUAAAAUAACUAUUGUUAUUCAUUAUUUUAAGAUUCGUGAAAACAUCACGAGAUCUACUUAUUCUUCCAAUCAUAGAUUUAUUGUUAAAUGUAGCCACAAAAGCAGGUCUUGCUCAUCCAUAUUUUGACUAUUAUACUAGUGAACUCUAUACAAACAAUACUGAAUAUGAUGUAUCUUCAGCUUAAACCUGAUAAAUUACCAAACUAUUGCUCCAUUUGCACUUAUCAAAAAAAGUAAUAAAAAAGAGUAAUUACACAAAAACAUGAGAACUCAUGAAAAAAAGAGCAACAAAAUACGGAUACAGGUCAGCACCGUGUUGUGAAAAGUCCACUUGUGUCAUGUAGAAGGACCACACAAGGAAUCUCAACCACAUUGUAGGGGACACAAUCACCAUGUCCAUAAAAGUGCUUUAAAUAUUGUGUGUACAAUUUCACAGAUGAUUUCCUUUUUCAGUCCCCACUUUCAGUGUUAAUCUUAUCCAAAGGUGUCAUUUUAUCUCUGCAUAUGGUAUUAUAGUUGUUCUUUUUUUCUCUUUCCUGUUAUACAAUGUCUAAGACAUGGGACCAUUUCACUGCUUCUGGGAAGCACGUUUGAAACUUAGCGUGUGUGCAUGGUUGUGCCUAUGUAUCUGCAUUUCAAACACACUUACAGCUGUACUGUAAACUCUCUGCAGCGCUCUAUGUGCCAUCACAGCUCUUCAGGGUCUUCCUAUCAUAUUGAUAAGCUGAAAUGUGAAAUUUCCACACUCCAUCCGUAGAGAAGCAAAAGCAAACGAAAGCCUGCUCUGCCGUGGUACUGCCCUGGCUUUUAUGCUUGUUUUCGCUGUAGGCAGCAUUGCCAUGGUGUUGCUAUAACAUUAUCUCCACAGUGCCGCCAUAAACCUCGCGCGGAUGCCUUUUGCUGGAUGACAGUGGCGCGUGUGCAUGGGUGCGUAAAUAGGGAUUGAGUGUCUCUGACUUGAGACCUCCACUGUUUGUGGAGAGGCUCCAAACUUAGCCUAGAGCAGGAGGAUUUAUGCUUGAUAUUUUUGACAGUGACUGAAAAAAGUAUUGUUUCUAAAAAGGAGAAUAAAAAUCUAAAAGUACA